AUGGAGGUCAACCAAACCGCCUUCGUGUCGCCCACAGCCAAUGCGCCAUACAGUUUUGCACAACCUCUACCUUUUAUCGAACGAAUAUUAGACCAGGUCAAUUUCUGGUCGAUAUGUCUGACACUACUCUUGCUUGCCGUUACGUAUGAUCAGUUCUCCUACAAAUAUCAGAAACAUGGCAUCGUUGGUCCUGCCUGGAAAAUGCCCUUCAUUGGGCCCUUUCUCGAAUCCAUGCGACCAGACUUCCGUAAAUAUCAAGCCAAAUGGGACAGCGGGGAGCUAAGCUGUGUGUCGGUCUUUCACAAGUUCGUCAUUAUUGCCUCGACCCGCGAUAUGGCUCGAAAGAUCUUUAACUCCCCUGCCUACGUUAAGCCCUGUGUGGUUGAUGCCGCCUACAAGCUCCUUCGACCGACCAACUGGGUGUUCCUGGACGGCAAAGCUCAUGUUGAUUACCGCAAAGGCCUCAAUGGUCUCUUUACUCGGCAGGCACUGGAAAUGUAUCUUCCGGGACAAGAGGAGGUUUAUGACAAGUACUUCAAGGAGUUUGUAAGAAUAAGCCAGGAGGAAGCACAAGGACAGCCCAAAGCCUUCAUGCCAGUCUUUCGAGAGUUGAUGUGUGCUGUCUCCUGCCGUACCUUUGUCGGACAUUACAUGUCGGAAAAGGUCGUGAAGAAGAUCGCACACGACUACUACUUGAUCACUGCAGCAUUGGAGUUGGUCAACUUUCCUAUCAUUCUUCCAUUUACCAAGUCUUGGUAUGGCAAAAAGGCUGCCGAUAUGGUCCUAGACGAGUUCGCAAAGUGCUCGGCCAAAGCCAAGGUCCGAAUGGCUGCAGGAGGUGAUGUGACCUGUAUCAUGGACGCCUGGAUCAAACAGAUGCAAGACUCGACCAAGUACAGAGAGAGGAUUGCCAAGGGAGAAGAAGUCGAUGCGUCAGAGAAGCCACCACAGCUCCUACGUGAUUUCACUGACUGGGAAAUAUCGCAGACCAUCUUCACCUUCCUUUUCGCGUCACAAGAUGCUACCAGUAGCGCCUGUACUUGGCUUUUCCAGCUCAUGUCAGAUCGUCCUGAGUGGUUGAACAAGGUCAGAGAAGAGAACCUACGUCUUCGUGGUGGUGACCGAAAUGCUCGCUUUACUAUGGAUCUACUGGAAUCCAUGGUGGCCACGAGAGCUGUCGUGAAGGAGACUCUCAGGUACAGACCACCCGUCAUUAUGGUUCCCUAUCUCGUGAAGAAGGAUUUCCCAGUCACAUCGAAUUUCACGGCCAAAAAGGGUCAAAUGAUCAUUCCAUCUGUCUGGCCUGCUACCCACGACGCGGAAGCAUACCCAGACCCUCACUCGUACGACCCAGAAAGAUGGAUCACAGGAAACGCCGAUGAACAAGUGAAGAACUGGCUUGUCUUUGGUACUGGUCCUCAUUACUGCCUUGGACAGACUUAUGCACAGAUGAACUUGAUCGCAAUGAUUGGAAAGGCUAGUAUGUUCCUAGACUGGAAACAUCAUCCGACGGAGCAGAGCGAGGAGAUUGAGGUCUUUGCAACACUCUUUCCAAAGGAUCAUUGCAAGCUUGUGUUUACCGAUCGAGACGAAUAG